AUGAGAAGAAUGAAGUCAAAGGAACUUCUCGCUUUCACAGAGCUACUCGGAAUCAUUAGCACGGCUGGGUUAGUAGCGGCAGAGACAGCCGGCUUCGUUCAAUUGCCUGUUUCGCGCAGUACAGCUCCAACGGUGUCAACCUUAAAGAAGAGAGCUGCCAAUCUUUCGCUCACUAGGACCUUUGACAAUGAAACUUACGUGGUGAAUGUCGACAUCGGCACACCAAAGCAGCGAGUCCAACUUGCCGUCGAUGUUGGCUCCUACGUUACUUGGGCGAUUAGUGAUUGCGAACCUAACUACUUCUACAAGGAAGAAUGCAAGGCCCUUGGGACAUAUAACAGGUCAACUUCCAGUACUAGUGACUAUGUUCCUGUUUCGUACGAAGAAUCUUGGUUAAACAACGAUGACGGAAGUUCCUAUUCGUUGAACUACGCCUCGGAUGAUUUCACCAUUGCGGGAGAAAACACUCUUAAAAAUAUCACCUUUGGCGUCUACGAUGAUGCAAGCACAAGGAACUAUGGUUCUCUCGGUCUUGGCUUUGGCCAAGGAGUAAACAGCAAUUACUCCAAUGUGGUCGAUGAGCUCGUGCUCCAGGGUGUGACACAGACCAGGGCGUUUAGUCUGGCCCUCGGCACAAACGAUAGUCCCAAUGAUGGAUCGUUAGUUCUUGGUGGCAUCGACAGUAAAAAGUUCUCGGGCGCCCUCCAGAAAGUACCUGUCAUUGAACCCCCGACAUACCCGAUCGACUAUUCAGAAUAUAGGUAUUGGAUGAACGUCGAUAAGCUCACCUUGCGAGGCGAUGAUGGCAACAUGACUUCCUACCCUGGAUUCAAGGCGAUGACGCAUUCCAUGGACGAAGUCAGUUAUCUCCCUCUUGACAUCGUCAAUCAAGUCGCCGCAGCAUAUGGUAUCCGCAACACUAGCGCUUGGACGGACAAAUGGUACAUAAUCCCUUGCCAAUACAGGGAUACUGUAAAAGGAUCACUCGACUUCCAGUUCGGUUCCUUGAACGUCAGUAUUCCUUACUCCAAAUUCAUUGUUUCGAGCACACAACUCGAAGAGAUUGAAUACGAAACGGCGCCUGAGCUUUGCUACCUAUCUAUUUUCCCGUGGGAUGAUUACUACCUCGAUAAGAUCGAUUUCUACUAUUUGGGUCACUCAUUUUUGAGAGCUGUAUAUGCUGUAUAUGAUCAAGAUAACCGAGCUGUGUGGUUAGCCAAUCGAAACGAUUGCGGUAGUGAUAUCAAGGGAAUCACAGCUGAGGAGAUUUCGAUAAGUGGAGUCAAUGGGCAAUGCGAUGGGUCAGGCCUUAACGCGAUCUCCUCCAAUGCAACUGCCACCGACGACAAACCAAGUUCAAGUGUCAGUCUUCGAGCGCCAACAUGGCUUUUGGUCAUUGCUGGCUUUAUCUGGUUAGCCGUAGGCUGUUGA